GUCACUCUAACGUUCAGUUGCUUAAAAAUGUCCGACCACGAUGAUGAAAUGAUCCUUGAUGAAGAGGACGGCACGGUUACGCGCAGGGGACGCGGCUUUCGAGAAGGCACCUCUGGCGAACUCAACCGCACGGAACAACAGUUCGACAGGAUAGACGUUGGGGGUGGUAGAGAGGGUGACACCGGAAAAGCCGCGCGAUCCGUGGAAGGAUGGAUCAUUUUCGUCACCGGAGUUCACGAGGAGGCAUCGGAAGAAGAUCUACAGGACAAGUUUGCAGACUUCGGUGAGAUCAAGAACUUGCACUUGAACCUGGAUCGUCGGACAGGUUUUGUGAAGGGCUAUGCUCUGAUUGAAUACGACACAUUCAAGGAGGCAAAAUCUGCCGUUGAUGCUUGCGACGGGUCAACGCUGCUGGAGCAAGAGAUACACUGCGAUUUCGCUUUCACGAAGCCACCACCGACUAUCCCAAGGGGUCCUAUGAGAGGAGGUCGAGGUGGGGGUGGCGGACCCCGUCAGCGUGGCCGGAGUCAGAGCCCGGGGCGAUGAAGAGCGCUUCUUCUCGUCGAAUACAGUAGACGAUUCCUGUCCUACACUCACACGCCGUAUCCGUGCUCUGUGGACGGUUGCACGAUCCAUGUAAAACGACUUUAUAACAUUGUAGUCUGUCCAUGCAGGAU